AGGGCACAUCUGGUAUGGGUGGCUUUGUUUGGUGCCUUCAGGUUUGGAUGUGGGAGCGGAUGCCCGUUGGACGCCCCGAGAAAAACAAGACACCUCCUGAAGGAUGGGUCGCACAUGACGGGAGGUAUGGAGAAGAUCCUUGGCGGUUUCCGACCGUCGCCUACUGUUGGGAGAUGGCAAAUGUGUACACAGGCAGCUCGGUUGCGUGAUACAAAUGCUACAUCAACGAGCUGGAUAUGUUGACUCAUAAGCAGGUCGAUUGGGAACCAUAUGAUGCCGAUUAUGCUUUCCGGCUGAACGAGAUGUGCACACGUGACAGGAAUAUUUGGCGGGCGAGAUGCCCACUGAUAUGCUUCUAUGCUGUCGAGUGGCACUACCCAGACCGUGUCGCAAGACAAUUUGGGAGAAGGCAAGGGACACCAAGGGAUGAGAGUUUCGAGACAAGCCAAUUUCUGCAUCGAAUUAGUCGAAAGAAUAACCCGGAAACUUCGACUUGGGCCAUCAAGCACUCUGAGUGGAUAAGUCUGUGGAAUCAAAGAGUGGCCCUAGUGGAGAAGGAAAGAAGACAACAUAGUGAUUCAGUAUACGAAGAGCAUCUGAAGUGGCUUGCGAGACGUUACCGGUUGAAGCUAAAGCCCGGUUGGAACCGUUCGGAAUUGGAAGAGUUGGAUCGUGAGAGCGGGUAUAUGGACUUCAAUGUACAAACGAGAGACAACGAAGGGACACAACUUGACUAUGCACAACUACACGACCGAGUGGGCAUGGAGUUAUUGCAUUGUGUUAACGAGGCUGGUGUAGCACUUGGUGAAGAUGAGGGAAGUGGAUCAUCUGAGAAAUCUCUUAGGAAAAAAUGA